GCGACCCACCCCCUCGGAUGCAUUGUCGGCUUUCAUAGACGCUCGCUAACAGCACUUGCGCCAACAUUCUGUAAAGGCUACACGGGGGAUCUUUGUCCUUAUCUGUGCCUGUGCGGCGCACACUGUGGGGGGAGCGGCGGCGCAGCGGUUUGCGCGCUGCGUUACAACCCCGGUGACCCGGCUGUGGCUCGGCAUUGGUGGCGAGCGAUGUCCGAACCGGUUAACCACGGGCCUCUCCCCUUGGCCCAUCGCAAGACCGUGAGCGGCGGUGAUGGCUUGGGGGCGGGGGGUCGGGGGACAGGGUGCUGGGGGGAGUUGUGGAUAACGCCUAAUGAUGAUGACGACGACGACUUGCACAUGCAUCUGUAGAUCUGUGUGUAAUCUCACGUGCGUGCGUGCGUGGGUUCCGGUGCGGAGCAGCGGAGCAGAUGAGCGCGGUGCCGCCGGUGCCCCCGCGCCAGCCGCAGGCGGCACAGGGGCGGCCCCAGCGCUACUUCCGCAUCCUCUUCAUCCGCCCGGCCGACCAGUACAAGGACCCGAACAACAAGAAGAAGGGCUGGUGGUACGCGCACUUCGACGGCCAGUGGAUCGCCAGGCAGAUGGAGCUUCACCCCGACAAGCCGCCCAUCCUGCUCGUCGCCGGCAAGGACGACAUGGAGAUGUGCGAGCUGAGCCUCGAGGAGACGGGGCUGACGCGCAAGCAGGGCGCCGAGAUCCUCCCGCGCGGCUUCGACGACGUGUGGGAGCAGUGGGGCGGCGUGGAGUACCUGCGGCGCGCCGUCGAGAACAAGCAGGCCCGCCCCACCUACGCCACCGCCACGCUGCAGGCCAAGCGAUCCUAGCCUAGCGCUCACGGCCACCCAGUAGACUCCCUCCCGCAACCCCCGGCCCACACGCUCGGGCCUCCUCUUAGCCUAGUCUAACCCGGACCUUUGUUAGCCCGGUUCGGCCUACUCUGUUACAGUCUAGCCCGGACCAGGCCAACGCAGUUUAGUUCCAGCCCGCUCGCCCUAGCUCACACGCCCGAGCAUCGGGGCCUUCCUGAGCCGGACCUGGCUCGGCCUGCUCUGCACCGCUCUGGCCCGCACCAGGCUAACUCAGUUUAAAUUAAGCACAAGUGGACAUAUUGCCGCAGUCCGUCUGUCCCGCGAGGGUCACCCGGUAGCGUCUGCUGCAUCGUCAUCCAGCGUGGUCGCCUGCUCUAGCCCACCUGCACCCGCCGCGUUGGUCUGGGCCAGGCUGCCGCAACACUCGCACACAGCCCACGGAAAUGCUGUGCGUGCUGCCCGCUUGAUCGGCCCUUUCACACGAGUGGUACAGCUCCCACCCGGCCUUCGUCCCCAGUGUGUGUAGGUUAGAGCUGUUCCAUUUGUUCCUGGUAACGGGGGGGGGGGGGGGGGGGGGACGGGUGGAGGUGGGGAGGGUUGGUGAUGUUAGUUUUUUUGCUCGCCCCGUCGAAGGCGGGGGCCAGCUGUUGCUGCUUAGCUGCAUGUGGUGGGAGUUUGUAAUUGCCGCGGUGGGAGUUUGUAAUUGCCGCACUUUGCGUUACUACCCCGGGAUAAUGUUAACGCUCGUGUACGGACUUCGAUGAGGCGUUUGUCGUAGUGAAUUGCCUUGUGGUGCCGUGGUGCUGUUCGUAAUACCUCUCUCGAACACAGCAGCAGCAGCAGCUGAUGAUGAUGAUGAUCACAGUGAAUGUCACCGAGUUAAACAAAUAACUGAUACUGUCACACUACGACGCACUCUCUCAAGCAUUUCUCCAGAAGCGUGUCACAUUCCCGGGUUCUGAUUGGUUGGAGUUUCUGUCUUGAAUCCUGAUUGGUUGAUUGUCAUGCCUUAAGUUGAUUUUGUUUUCACAUAUUAAUCUCUGAUUGGUCGGUUCUGACACCUUAUUCCUGAUUGGUUGGUUCUGAGCACUGUCAAUUUGUAUUGGUUGGUUCUUGUGUUGCGCCUCUGGUUGAAUGUUUGGCCCCUUGAACCCUCAUUGGCUGGGUUUUGGGCUCUCGGAAAUUGACGGCGCGAUCGAGUUGCUUUCUCGUCCUGAUAUCUAAUUGGUUGAAUGUCGUAUUUAAUAUCGAUUGCGUACCACCCUUGGCUCCGAUUGGUCAGUUGUUCUCACAUCAGCUGGUCUGACCGGGCCAGGUUGCAAACGUCACUGAGCUGCUUCCCACCCCGAGCUCCCGAUUGGUUGCUCGGUCACGCUUCUCGCCUCCGAUUGGCAGCCUCUCACGCGGCCACGAAGUCGCACACUGUCGCAUCCGUAGUCCGAACUCGUCUCGCAACUUGAACAAUAAAAUUAAUAGUAAUAUAAAACCUCAA